UUUUCUUUGUUUUAAAAAACUAUUUUAUUUAUUCGCUACCAAUUUUCUCGCGCUCUAUCUUUUGUGCUAGCGAUUCAGAGAACCGCGGUAGCGCAGAAGUAGCGAAGCUGAAGUAAUUGCAAUCCAGAUAUUGCUGUUGGUGAUAAAGAUGGUCUUCCUGUGUUGGUCUCGUCCAUCUCCACAGGAGCAGAAGACGUGCAUUGACAGGUCUGGUUCCUUCAACUAUAGCAGCAAGUUUAGAGGAGCUACUGCUAAUCCCAGCUCUUGCCUGCAAGAAGAUAAGGGGCUCUCACAAGAAGGUUUUCUUCUCAACCAUGCUCGUAUUUUGGUGGGUUCUGGUGUUGAGACUUAUGAAAAGGGGAAGAAAGCUCUUCAGAACUGGAGGCAUUUUGGGUUGAAUUGGGCAUUUGUUGAUUCAUCAACGCCAGUUCAUCCGGGAGUGAAGUUUUGUGUCUGUGCCAAGGAGUUCCUUCCAUGGGUGGUGAUGCCUCUUCAAAUUGUAUAUGUAAAUGAAAACAGAGGUACCAAUAUGGCUAGGACAUGUUUCAGCUUUGGCAGUGGUACCCUUCAAGGCCAUCUUCUGGCCGGUGAAGAACGGUUUUCGAUCGAGAUGGACUCGAACAGCCAGGUGUGGUAUGAAAUUCUUUCCUUCUCAAAGCCUGCCCACAUAUUAUCAUUCCUUAGUUAUCCUUAUAUAAUUCUUCGGCAGAAGUAUUUUGCUUAUCAAUCUACAAAUGCAGUUAAGAAAUAUUUGACUGCCAAGCAUUCCUAACUCCUGGUGUGCUUGUGUGUAUGUUCUUAGUUAUCCUUGUGUGUAUGCAGUUAAGAAUGCUUCUUUCUGCUCUUCAAUCCUCCUAUAGUGUGGCAUCAUCAGGAAAUCGGAAUAGCUCAACUAUACAAAUGAACUCUGUCAUGAUCAUUGAUGUUUCAUAAAUUUGAGAACAUUUUAUCACUGGCUACUUCUAACCAGAUGCCAACUUCCA